CAUCACCAUCAGCAUUUCGGUUCUUCUUCUAGUGACUCGUCGGUAUCAGCUGCUAAAAAUGCAAUUAGGAACUCGGUACGUCGACGUCCUUAUACGAGCCUGGGUACAGCGAACGUAUACAACGAAGCACGAGUGGAUUUGGACUUUUCGCCAAGUGAGCUGCACCCGGAAAAAGAGGUAAACUUAUCUGGCGGCUCAUUGGCCAAUCCUAAUAAGCGAGUUCCACAAAAACGGCAACGUAUUCAUUCUGUGCCCCAUACAGCUACCGUCAGCAACUUAUUCACCAAAGCAGAAAAGGCGGGGCCAACCAUAUCUACCUUCGCAAGUAGCUUUCCAAUGGAAGUUGGAAUCACAACCCCGGCAACAACGACCGAUGCGCGUGGAGUUAUCGGAAAUCGAGGCAGUAUUGCCACCUAUCCCUACCAAACGUCAGCGCCGGGCUCCGGUUCCAAUAGAGCCUCUCAAACCCAAGCCAACAAUAGCAAAAUCACCAGCAGCGUUUAUAGGAAUAGACAAUUUGCCAGCAAUUCAGGGAAGAAGCAAAAGACGCGAUUCCGUUCAGCAACAGCAACUACACUUCCAGCACCGGCGGCAGCAGCAGAACCAUCCCCAAUCGAGCAUUCGAACCAGUGGAGUGUAUUCAAACAUAAACAAUCGCCGCCAGCGCAAUCCUCACGUGCUCCUCCCUACCAUGUAAACUCCGUUUAUCGUCCUGAAUAUGAUGCAAAGAAUGUUGGCAACGACAUCGAAAUUAGCUUAACUGAUUCACAAAACACGGUUCAGGCAUCAUCUGGCCCUGGCCCAAAACGGAUAAAUUAUAGCUAUCAUCCUAUUAUUGACUUUUUCCAAAAUCACAAAUACUCUGCAGCUGAGGCAAUAGACGAAACAAUUUCGGACAAGAGUGAAGAGGUUGCUGACAGAAAUGGGCAAAUUUUUCCCCACACGAUAACAAAGUACCAAACAUCAGAUCAAUCAAAAGAUAUAAGCAGCUAUCAACCCCAUGAGCGUCGUAUUGGUUUUGGAGCUAUGUCAGGAAGUGAAAAAAGUGGCAUAGUUUUGCGUGACAGAGCCGGUAGUAGUGUGGAGAGAAUUAACAAUUCGAAUACUGAUGACAAUACUUGGCAUCCGGUUGUCGUGAAGACGAUAGGGCUUCCAUAAUUACUCGAAUGCACUACAAACCGCAUCUGAAAGAUAUAUUGCCGAAUUUGCAAAUAAGUGUGACUUUAAAAUAAUAAUUGAUAAUCUCUUACCCCAAUGCCAAGAAAUUGUUCGACAAAUGCUGCAUUAGCGUCUAAUUUGUCACCAUACUCUCUGGAGGUGGGCACGGAACUAAGUAUUUAAACCCAAUCCCGCCCAUCCCGAAAUUCGAUUUACAUAUCGCACUUGGUCUUCAAAAAGAGUCGCAAUUUAAAAUUUGGCAUUUUUGAAAUUAUGCGCUAAAAAUGUACACAGAGCUUUUAUUUACCUUUCAGCAAA